AUGAAGAACUACAUCGAAUACAGUGUAAGCUGGCUUUUCGCAAACAGCAAAGGCCGCGAUGCCAAACUCUUCUCAAAGGGCCCUGCAUUCUCCCAAUUCCCAGAACCAACGAUCAGCCUUGAAUGCCGAGAAGUAGGCCCAACAGGAUCCCAACUGGACGAAGAGCACUCCGCAGACGGGGUGGGUCGUUUCCCGGCCCUGAGCUGGCCAACGGCAUCACCCGAGAUCAAACAGUAUCUGCUCAUCAACGAGGAUCCUGAUGCACCAUUACCUAAUCCUAUUAUCCACGGUGUCUUCUACGGAAUAGCGGCGACGAAGUCGGCCAUCUCUGCUGAGGAUGUCGAGGCUGCUACGGAGCAGGGUGCUCUGAAGGGCGGAUUCCGAUAUGGCAAGAACCGCAGAGGAAAUGUCUACAUCCCUCCUCGGCCAUUACUCGGCCAUGGACCCCAUCGGUACUUUUUCACCCUAGUCGCUCUUACCGAGCCGGUCGAUCCUGGCAAGUUGAGUUUGUUGCCUACUGUAGAGGAGAUGUCGCGCGAGAUUGAUGGGAAGGUUGCUGGAUGGGGCGAGUGGGUUGGUGUUUAUGAGAGGAAAUGA